AAAUCGGUUUUCAAUCUCAUUCAAUUUGAUUUAAUGUUCACUUUGAUUAAUUAAUUGUAAUUAGAAUUUGUAUCUCCAAGUUUUAUCUGUUCUUUUCUUUUUCACAAUUUUCCAUUAUAGACUAUUAUUAUUCAUUAACCAUGGGAAGUUUAACAAGUAAGGAAUGGUUCCAGGAUAAGAAGGAAAUGUUUGCCACCCCAAAAAAUAAACGAGUCAUUAAAUUGGCCGCCGAUCCAAGAUCACCCGGAGUUGGUCGGACACCGUUACAAGUGUGUGUUAAAGAUGGAACCACGGCCAACGACAAUUGUGGAACACCUUUACGUGCUAAUUAAAGAGGACACCAUCUAUAUUUUCUUAAAUUCUCUGACCUUUAAAUCUCAUCCUAAAAGUCAAAUAUUCUUGAAAUAGUCAAUCCUUCAUGUUUUUUUUUAAAAAAAAAUCUUUUUCAGUUUCUCUUCAAUUUGACAAAACCAUUUGAUAACACAUUAAUUUUGGUAUUAAUCACUAACCUUUUCUCCUUUGACUCGUUUUAAAAUGUCAUUCCAAUGUUGAGAAAAUUUUUCAUUAAAUUGACAUUUUGAGAAACUCAAAUUUCCCAAUGAAACUUUUGGCUUUAAUUUUUUUUUCUCUUCUCACUGAGUCUGAGCAACAUGAAGAAAAGAACAGCUGAUCAGUUGUUUAUUCGUUUGUUUUUUAGAAAACAUUUUUUUCUACCAAAAAUUUGUGUCAAUUUUUCUCUGAUUUUCUAAAUUGAUUAUUAUUUCUUUUUUCUCCAAUUAACUAACUUUUAAUCCUCUUUAUGUUCUCACCAUGAAUGCGAGAUCGAAUACCUUUGAAAUAAAAUGCGCUGGUCAUCAGAUAAACGAUGUGGUCUCAGCUCUGUUUCAUUCGAUUCUUUUUUACCGAACUACUGGAAAGAUUACUUAUAAGAAUGACAGUAGUUACCUUGUUGGAUCUCUUGGUUAUGAAGAUGUUUCUUGCGAUUUUAUUGACUAUAGUUAUGUUCGAUGUGCAUCACCAGGUAUUAUUCACUCAUUAAAUAGUAAUAUCAGAGAAUUUGUGGAAAAACUCAGGGAGAGUAGAGAAAAAGUUGGAACCAUAACUCUUGAAUUUUAUCAUAGGAAAAAAUCUGCUGGUGUAUUGGGCCUUUUCUUUGAUUCACAAUUAGUUUGGGAAAUUUGGAAUCUUAAAAUUGUCUGUGCUGAUGAAAAGGAGGCAAGAAAAACCGAUUUCAAGCUUGAAGAGGUUCUUCUUGAUAAAUUAGUGACCAUCAUUCAGAUAGUAAAUAACAGCCGAUGUAUAACACCACAAAUGCCUGAUCGUGCUAAUGUUGAUACUCUAUUCGAUAUUACCUUUGACGAUGUACAACCCUAUUUACACCGAAUUUAUCACCGAAUCGGAGAUGGACCAAAUGCCACAACAAACCAAGGUACUGAUGAUUUGGGUCUCAAAAAGUUCAUCAAAGACGCGUUAACCUUAUAAUUAACUUCAUCUUCACCCAUUAAUCGUGAUUUCAUCAUGAAACAAUCAACAAAUUGUUCGUUAAUCUCUGAUUCCCUCUCUCUUCCUUCUUUGUAAUGACGAGACGUUUAUUUCAUCGCUGUAUGAGUAUCAAUCUCUAAUGAAAUAAUUUACACAAUCAAAAUGAAA